UGCCCGCGGCAGCGCAGGGUACCGAAGCCGUGGGCUCCGCCCUUCUCCAGGCGCAUCAGCUCCUGGCCUUGACUGGACGCGCAGGGCCAGCCGCCGGCGGCCCGCACCACCAGCCGCCAAGAUGUGCGACUGCUUCCACGUGGUGCUGCCCACCUGGCCCGGAGCCCCCGGCAGCGUGACUGGACGGCAGCUGCAGAGCCAGGAGCCGGGGGUUGAGACUGAAGAGGACGACUCUGUGACCGAAGGGCCCGUGGGUGAGAUCAUUCGGCCAAGGCCGCAGGGGUCCUCCCCUGUCUAUGAACACACAGCUGAAGGUGCUGGCUUUGGAGCCCAGGAAAACAACCAGGGCAGGCACAGCUCCUCUGGCAGACGGAGAUCCUGGUGGAAGAGGGAUUCAGGAGAAUCCACAGCCUUCUCCAGUAUGAAUCAUCCAGAGUCUACACAGGAUGCAACAGAGGUGACACUGAAGACUGAGGUGGAGUCAGGAGCCAGUGGCUACACUGUCACAGGUGGAGAGGACCAGGGGAUCUUUGUCAAGCAAGUCCUGAAGGAUUCCUCCGCUGCCAAACUAUUCAGCCUGAAAGAAGGGGAUCAACUUCUCAGUGCAACCAUAUUCUUUGACCACAUGAAAUAUGAAGAUGCUCUUAAAAUCCUUCAGUACUCAGAACCAUACAAAGUUCAGUUCAGAAUCAAACGGAAACUCUCUGCCAGCAAGGGAGAGGAGUCAGCCAUUCAGCAAUCUCAGCAAGGCUUGAAAGGCCAGGAAAAACAGGACAAGGAGAGUGCGGAGGGAUACAUGGAGACGCCUACAAAGACGCUAGAGGCAGAUGGAGACCGAGAAAGGCUUAUUUCUAAGUCCAGGGAUGGUCGCCAGAGGCGGCCCCAGGACAGACUCUCCUGGCCAAAAUUUCAAGCCUUAAGGAGCAAGCGGGGGACAGGCCCCCGACGCUCACACAGUUCCUCAGAAGCCUCAGAGCACAGGGACACACGUGAUGUGUCCCCCACAAGCACAGACACAGAGGCCCAGCUGACAGCUGAGAGCCGAGAGCAGAAGGCAGGGUCAGGAAGACGGAGGAGGAGGUUCCUGAACCUGAGAUUUGGGAUGAGCUCAGGGCAAGGCCCAGAUACAAAUGAGCAAGUGGGCAGAGACCUCCAGGACAGACAGGAUCGGGCUGGAGUGCUGCAAGAGUCCCAGCCGCAGGAGGACGGGACACAGGCACCCGGGUUCAGGUCGGCGCUAACUAUGCAGAAGCCUACGAAGAAGCCCAGUCAUCCCAACUUGGACCAGGAAGGCCCUGGAGAAAUGGUAGUGAAAACAGACAGACAUCACAGAAAGAAGAAGCAGUUGGCAAAACAAGAAAGGGAGAAGACACUUGGCCAGCAUAGAGCUGAGACAGCCCGAGCAAAGAGCUGGGAUGACGAAUGGGAAGAGGUAGAGAGCCUGGAAAUAGGCAUUGCAAGAUUGUCUCUGCAAGACAAACCAGACCAAGGCGGCUCACAGGUAUCACCAUGCGACGGGAAAACCAGGGAAACUGGGUUUUCCCAAAAUAAGAUGAAAGAGACAAAAAGAGAUGAGAAAGAAGUUGUCCUACCAGACAGAGGACAGCAAGAAUCAGGGUACAGGGACGGAAAAAGGAUGCAGGGACAAGGAGAUUCACAGGAAGGAACAGGGCAAAGUGAAGAGAAUGAGAGAGAAGAUAAGGAACAGGUAACACAAACAGAACAAAUAAAGCUGAAGAUGCCCAAAUUCAGAAUACCAUCUUUUGGAUGGUCUCCAACAAAGGAAGGAAGACCAAGGAAAACCAGACAGGAAUUAAAGACAUCAGACUAUGAAACACUGGGUGAGGAAACAUUAAAGGAGGUUGUACAGAGAGAACAGAGAGACUAUGUAAAGGACAGAGAAACAACUCAGGAGAAAGAAAAGAGACAGAGAACAGAGACCAGGGAAGAGGAACAAAAAACUACCAAAGAAGGAGAGUGCUCACAAAGAGAAAUAAAUUUCAAGAUACCCAAGUUCAAGAUGCCCUCCUUCGGCGUGUCCGCGCCUGGCAAGCCCUCCGUGGAGGCCUCGCUGGAGGUGGCGGCGCCCAAGGUGGAGGGCCACCUGCCCAAGGUGCAGAUGCCCAGCCUCAAGAUGCCCAAGGUGGACCUCAAGGGCCCGCACGUGGAGCUGAAGGGCCCCAAAGUGGACGUGAGGGGCCCCAAGGGCGAGCUGACCGCCCCUGAGGUUGAGAUAAAGGGCUCCAAGGGGCGGGCUGGCAUGCUCCAGGGAGAUGUGAAGCCCUCACUUUCUGGUACCACAGCUGGAGUUGACUUGGUAGCCAUAGAAACCACUGUCAGUGAUAUGCAUGUUGGGAGCACUCAUUCAACAGAUGUCACUCCAGCGCCCUGUGUCAUCUCCCCCUCCAUGACAGCAGGGGUGACUGACCUGGAUGUCAGAGGUGACAGCGAGAGUCAUAUGUUUGGGGGUGUGUCUGCAAGUGAGCCCCUUGGGGAACUGACAGCAUCUAUAACUGGAGACCGGCCGCCAUCCUGUAGACAAAGAGAUCAUGCCUCCACCACGGAAAGCCCUGAGAUGGAUCCCACAGCAAAGGAGAUGUCAACAGGCUCGCAUGAGCGCUGGUUCAAAAUGCCCAAGUUCCGAGUCCCUGGUUUUAGGCGCUCUUCCUCCAAGGAGCGAGAUGGGGCUGGAGAAGAGGAAGCUGCUCAGACCCAGACUCCUGUUGUCAGUGUGCCCUUAGAGGCAGAAGGAGCACUAGCCACUGUGCAGCUGUCCCAGGCACCUGAGCCGAAGGUGCCCAAGUUCUCCUUCCAAGCCUCCAGCUCCGAGGCUGAUGUAUUCUUCCCUGUGGUGAGGGAGGUGCAGUGUACAGAGGCCAGCAUUGGCAGUGCCGUGCAUAAAGACAGCCCUGGGCUCUGGGAAGCCAGCAUUCUAAAAACGGGAGCUGAGGAUCCCAGAGCGCCACCAGCAAGCCUUGAGCAGUCCUUGGGAGCAUCCCCAAUUUCUAAGGUCAGAGUGCACAUUCAGGGGUCUCAAGGCGAGAGUCAAGAAGUCAUGAUCUGCGGCAGGGUGGAACGAGAGGGUGAGGAUUCCUCAGCACACGGAGCCUUUUCCACUCAGAUUGUGCGGGAGUCAGAGAUUCCUGCUUCUACAGUUCAGAUUCCUUCGUAUGGGUUUUCUUUGCUGAAAGUGAAAAUCCCAGACCCCCCUGUGCAGCCUAGUGUGUAUACUGUGGCUCCCGACUCCCAGGCACAAGAGGGCUUGUGUGGGGCUCCCCCGACAGCUGCUGGCGAUAUCCCUCCUGAUGCCGGCGAACCCUUCGAAAUGAUCUCCUCCAGUGCUGGCAUGCUGCCGCUAUCACCGGAAGUGCCUCCUGGGCCCCAGCUUGCAGACAGCACCUCUGAUGAAGAGCCGGCCGAGAUUCUUGAAUUUCCCGAGGACAGCCAGGAGGUAAAGACCCCUGAGAUGGCUACCAAACAGAAGUCAGAAGGUAAAAAGGCCAGCCUGUUGUGGUCCUGGCUUCCAAGCAUUGGCUUCUCCUCUGUGGAAGAGACGGCCGCUGAUUCCAGAGACGCCGCCCAAAGACCGGCUCCAGUCCACGUCCAGCCUGCAGCUCGGCCGGACCCUGACCUGCCCCGGAAACAGGAGAGGGCAGGCUGGUUCCGGUUUCCCAAGUUAGGAUUCUCCUCUUCGCCCACCAAGAAGAGCAGAAGCACUGAAGGUGAGGAAGGGCAGGCAGAGCAGAGACCCCAGGAAGAAACUAUCACCUUUUUUGACGCUCGAGAAAGCUUCUCUCCCGAGGAAGGGGAGGAGGAGGAAGCCGAGACAGAGGUGACCAAUGCCAAGCCCGGCUCCAAAGCGAUGGUGGCGUCCUCUGCAAGAACAGAACUAGUACUGUUGGAACAGACUAAAGACACCGGUGACAAAUCUGCACCCAGGCCUGUGGCCCAGUGA